AUGAAGCCCGUCUCCGCCCUUCUCUUCCUCGCCUCGGGCGCCGCUGCCGCCACCGUCGACGAGCCCCUCGCCGGCCGCACCAUCGACUCGUGGAUCCGCAACAACAACGAGGCCCAGCGCGCGGGCUGGUACGGCCGCGCGGCGCUCUACACGGGCGUCGAGGCCGUCUACGAGCUCACGCGCAACGAGACCCUGCUCGCCUGGUACCGCUCCGUCAUCGACGGCCCCGUCGUCGCCGAGGACGGCUCCAUCCCGGGCUUCGACCCGGCCCACUACUCGCUCGACGACUACCGCAUCGGCCGCAACAUCCUCUACUGGCACCAGCGCACCACCACCGGCGGUGGUGACGCCGGCGGUGCCGAGUCAAAGUACCGCGCCGCCGCCGACGCCAUCCGCGCCAUGCUCGACCGCCACCCGCGCACCCCCUCCGGCGGCUUCUGGCACCGCGACCCCGUCUACAGGAACCAGAUGUGGCUCGACGGCAUCUACAUGGCCGACACCUUCUACGCGCACUACACGUCCCUCUUCGACGCCGCCAACGCCACCGCCUGGGACGACAUCGUCCUGCAGUGGGACCUCAUUGAGGCCGCCGUGCGCGACCCCGACACCGGCCUGCUCUUCCACGGCUUCGACGAGGGCCGCGAGGCCGUCUGGGCCGACGCCGAGACCGGCGCCUCCCCGCUCGUCUGGAACCGCGCCGUCGGCUGGUACUUCAUGUCGCUGGUCGAGAUCCUCGACCUCUUCCCGCGCGACCACCCGGGCCACGCCCGCCUCCUCGGCUACUACACCACCCUCGCCGCCGCCCUCAGGCGCGCCCAGGACCCCGACUCCCACGGCUGGUGGCUCGUCAUGAACGGGCCCUACCCCGGCCGCGAGGGCAACUACUUAGAGAGCUCCGCCGCCGCCAUGUUCACCUGGGGCUGGCUCGCCGGCCUGCGCCUCGGCUACCUCGACGAGGCCACCUACCUCGAGCCCGCCACUAAGGCCUACACCCACCUCGUCACCGACUUCGUCACAGAGAACGGCAACGGCACCGUCACCUUCACCGACACCGUCCAGGUCGGGUCCCUGAACAGCGACGCUUCGUUCGAGUACUACAUCGGCAUCCCUGUCGUGGAUGACGACACGCGUGGCGUCGGCCCUUUCCUGCUCGCCGCGUACGAAUGGGAGCUCCGCAAUAACAUCACUGCAUGA